UCCUGACCUUACGUGUACAUGUGGAAGUGCACUGCUUUAACAAGCACCACAGAAUCCCAAACAGUAUUGCAUUAAGCCAUCUGUGUGUUUAUCUGAGGAAGAAGAAAAAGAGUGGGAGAUGGAGAUGCAAAAGAGAACCCCGAGAGGUCAGAGAUUGGUCCUAGUUCCAACACCAUACCAAGGCCACAUAAACCCAAUGCUUCAGUUGGGUACGUUUCUUCACUCAAAGGGAUUUUCCAUUACCAUUGUUCACACCCAUUUCAACUCUCCAAGCCCCUCCAACCACCCUGAGUUCACAUUCAUUCCGAUUCAAGACGGCCUAACUGUUCCUCUAGUCUCAUCCGGGAAUAUAAUAGCUAUUCUGUUGGCUCUCAAUGCCAAUUGCAAAGCGAGUUUCGAACAAUGUUUGACUACUCAAGUAAUGAAACAAGAACCGGAGAAGAUCACCUGCAUCAUCUACGAUGAAUUCAUGUACUUCUCUGAAGCUGCUGCUAAUUAUCUGAAUAUUCCAAGCAUCAUCCUCCGUACUACCAGUGCAGCCAACUUUCAUGCUCGAUCUACUCUCGUAGAACUUCAUUCAAAAGGCCACAUUCCCUUCCCAGAGUCUAUGUCAUCGGAGCCGGUGCCCCAACUUCAUCCCCUCAGAUUCAAGGAUCUGCCCAUCUCACCCUGGGACACGUUAGAAAACUUCUUAAAACUAGUAGUUAAGUCACAUGAUGUUGGCAGAUCUUCGGCCAUCAUUUGUAAUACCAUAGACUGCCUUGACCAAUCAUCACUAGCACGGAUCCAAAAACAUUGCCAAGUACCGAUCUUCUGCAUAGGCCCUCUUCACAAAAUCACAACAGCGGCCUCUAGUAGUUUACUUGAAGAGGACACAAGCUGCAUUGAGUGGCUUGACAAGCAAUCUCACAAGUCAGUUAUCUAUGUCAGUUUGGGGAGUAUAGCAUCCAUUGGUGAGAAAGAACUGGCAGAAAUGGCUUGGGGAUUAGCCAACAGCAAGCAACCUUUUUUGUGGGUGAUCAGACUGUUUGGCUCCAAAACUAGUUGGCUUGCAAACUGUCUCUUUUGAGCGUGUGAUUGCGCAGGCGUGCCAGCACCGCGGGGUGCAGUCGUUGGGGUAGUCCCUUGACCUGACUUCUUCUUCAAGCGUUGUGGACGAGGAGAGCACCAACCUCGUCACAGGGUUCUUCUCUAGCCUUUCGGAAAAGGACUUUUGCCUUACGGAUAAGGACUUUGGUUGUGGUCUCUUGCGUUCACCGAAUCGAUACUUAGUGUUGUAGACUAAGCAGAGCAAUCACUGGGAAGUUGGGAGAAGCACGGGGUUGCGCUAAAGCGUGACUUUAGCUUCGCUGGGUUGCGAGGGCGUUACCCUUGCUUCGCUGGUAGUAACGGUGGCGGUUGCGCUCGCAGUCGGCUCCUGGGGAGACUGGGACUGGAAGUACGGUCGCCGGGUUGGUCUGGUGAUGCUAGCAGUCGGCUCCUGGGGAGACUGGGACUGGAUUGCGGUCACCGGGUUUCAACGAGGUUGAAGGUUUGCUCCGGGGAGGCUUUGUAAUCGCUAGGAUUGAUUGAUAUGAGAGAGAUCUCCUCUUCUGUCCUUGAAACCUAGUAUAUAUACCUAGGGUUUCGACUGCUCCUUGUUGUAGAAGGAUUAUUGAUUGAAGUUUCCUAAUCAAUCUCUGCUACUUGAUUCCAAUAAGGUUUCGUUCUCCUCACGGAUUCCGGAAUGGGCGAAGCUGUAACUCAAACCCUAGUAGGCUUAUUUUUGGGCCGCAGGUAUCGGCCCGCUGUGCUAGGUCCACUAAAGGACAUUGCCAAAAUUACUUUUGGGCUCAAACAUUGCCCCCCAGGCCUCGAAAUCAGGCCCAUGAAAAUGUAACUGAUUGAAGGGGACUAAAACGACGCGCUCAAUGCUUGAAACGAUGUCAUUAAUGAGGGUUGCGUCCCUUCGCUUGCGAAAACGCCUUUCCGUCGCAUCGUUUCCCUCACAAAAUCUCUUAUUUAAAUCCGCAGCCACUUCAGACCUGUCACAUCAGAAACUUCUUUAGUCUCCUAAACCCAGAAAACCCUCUUUUGCACAUAUCUUUUCUCUUUGAAACCCAGAAAUGGCUCCCCCGAAGAAGAUAGUUAUCGAUCAAGAGGAAGAACUGAAUGAACAAGCCGCCCGUUCUUGGGGAACCAACAUCGGUGCCAGCCUGGUCCUCCAAACCACUAUCCAGAGACCCCUGCUCCUCAGACUCUCGAACAACCAUGCCGGACUGGGACCAACGCCGCGAGAUGCUUUUCCAGCAGACACCAUCGCCUUCUAUGGCUUACCUGUUCGCCGCCCCAUCCCAGUCCUCCGAAGGACUCCUGGGGAUUUUACCAGUUGGAGCGCCCCUAACCACCGAUCAAAAAUAGGGCAUUGGCCAUCGUUUAUCAGCGCGGCGGAGCUGUCCUGGUAUCGCGAGACGCGAGCCCGAGAUCUGGCUCGCUGGAACGCAGCAGGUAUCACCCACACUAUCGAUCUUUGUUUUCAUCUUCCGCGCGGUGGCAAUCGUUCGCCACUCGCUGCUUUUCUCUGUUUUUGGAACACUGCCACCAAUACCUUCGAUUUUCGAUUUGGUCAAAUGAGCAUCACUUUAUUGGACAUUCUCACCAUCACUGGCCUACCCAUCGACGGCGAGCCCUAUUUGCAUGGCCAAUUCGAUUCUGAUACCUUUGCUUCCACCAUGGCCCAACAUGGUCGCAGCGCUCAUAGUGGCUCCUAUCCGCGGUGGUUGGCUUAUUACCGUCAGGAGCGCAAUGCGACCGGCGGGAUCGCUUUCUUAGAGUACUGGCUCUGUAAGUUUGUCUUCUGUACUUCCUCCUGCAAGCCCACUGGUGCCUGGACUCUUCUGGCAACGGCCCUCUACAACGGUCGCCGCAUUGGGUUAGGACAACCCGUGCUGGGUGCCCUCUAUCGCACUUUGUAUCAAGCCACCAUGCAUCCCUUCGAGACUAGCAUUUCUGGCCCCUUUUGGAUUCUUGACUUCUGGAUUCAAAUUUACUUCCCAUAUUUUCGUCGCGAUGACAUCCCAUUGCUUCCGCCUUCUGAUCAACUCCUGGGACGAUGGCUCAGUCGCGAUGAAAGGUACAUAUCCCCUCCUUAUUCUGAGUGCUUCACAUACUUGUACCUCCUGCACGAGAUGCCAUACUGCGACUUGGUGCUAAGUAGGAGAUUCCCGGCUCCGCUUGAACAUGGAUUUCUCCCUGGUGCUUCUCGCUACAGUGAUCGCGCGCGCUUGGCUUUCCGCCGCGCAAUCUCCUGUUCAGACAUCAGGAUUGCCGCUGACGAACUCAGUUACGAGCUCUACGCUCCCAACCACUUCGCUCGCCAAUUCGGCCUUGUCCAAUUAGUGCCAUUCCCUCUGUAUGAUGCUUGGAACUAUAACACCUCUUGGCGCAGACUAGGGCCCCUUUCUGGGUCUCCGCCAGCGCAAAGCACACUCGCACUGGUUGAUCUCCCUGAUUGGGCUAAAGAGAUUGACUCUGUGGAUGGAACUGAGGACGGAUACGAGACAUGGUGGGCAGAAGUCUCGGUUAACUGCUGGAGGCAACAGCAUGAUGAGCUAUUCGCUGCCAUUUUCGGGGAACUGCGAUACCCCUACACUGCCGAUGUCGAUCUACUUGCUCGCGUUCUGGAGGACGCUGCACAAGUUCCUCCUCCCGCUGCUGAGCCGGCUCCGCGACCCGCGCGAGCACCACGUCAGGCCCAGGCUGGUAUCGUAAUCCGCGAACCCCCUCAAGAGGGAAACGCGCCACUUUCUGGCAGUCGCGCAGCGAACAACACCCAAGCUACUGGCCAGUCUGGGAAACAAAAGGCGGUGAUGACAGAGCCUGAAGACCAAGAAUCCUCCUCUGAUGACGAUGACUCGCAGACGAUCGCCGCCCUAUCGGCUCGGAAACGCAGUCGUUCUGAUCCUCGAACUGACCCAUGGGAGGAAGAUGAACCAAUCGCUGACCGAUUGGUUCGCCACAGGUCCUUGACACACACUGGAGAAGGAUCUUCAGCCACAGGUGAAGGCACAUCUGUUUCCCAAGCCCAAGCGCCAACUAUCAUGAACAACUCCCCACCUCCUGCGGGCGCUGCCAGUGAUGCACAGUUGGUUUUGACCCCAGUUCAGAUCAUAGAUGAUAGUUCACCUGAGGUCGAAGAUAGAGCGCUACCAGAUGCACCUCGUGAGGAACCAAGCGAUGUACCCAUCCUGGAGCAGACAGUGCGUGACCCAACUCUUAUUCCCAGUGAAGCUAUCCCAGAGGCAGUACCGGCAGUCGUUAUGCGUGAGCUCCCAACCGAGGAGAAUCAAAAUGCCGCCCACACUGAGGACGCUGUAGCUGAAGACGUAGAAGCAGAAGCUGCUGAGCCUGCACCUAAUAUGGUUGGUCAGGACCUCUUUCCCCCUGCCCCCCAAGUCGCUGAAGCCGGAGAAUCGAGAGUCCUCCCUGACUCGGUGCCAGAGGCAACACCUGUCGCCGAGCCUCCCGAGGCUCCUGUCGCUGAGCCACCAACUCCCUCCACUCUGGAAAGGUUAGCUCGCGUACUUGAAGUGACCCCCCCUGGGGUCGUAGAUGAAGCUAGAGAAGGCCUUCGCCGCCUCUUGGGUCCUGAUAUCUUGAUUCCUGGUGCGCCCGUGCAAGUUUUAGAAUAUCUGAGGGUACUUCUCCGCGAGGGAGCCAUCACUGAGGAACAAUUUCGAGAGGUCGACCAACUACUGCAAAAUCUUCCUCAAGGGCUCAAUGAACGGGCAGUCGCGAACGCGCAGGCUAGGCAGACUGAGACGCACUAUCAGAACCUUAACCGGCAGACAGAGACCGCGCGCGAUUUCUUGGGUGAUCAGGCUAACCUCAUCAGGGAACUGACGCUCGAAAGGAACCACCUGAGGUCCCAGAUUCAGGCUCUUCAAGCCGCUUAACUGACGUUACUACCAGACUCACUCAUGCGGAGCCUCAGUUAGAACAACCCCUCGCUGCCUUCGAGACGCUAUCCCGGGAAUUGGCUCAGGCUCGUGUGGCAGCUCAACAAGCUGCACAAGCUGCUGCGGAUGCUAGUUUUCGUUUGGAUGAGCUUUUCCUUCGCCUGACCCAUGCAGGCCGCAGACUCUUGGGCCUCUAGAAUUAAGCCCAUGUUUUUGUAUGAACAAGAAUAUUAUUAUUAAUCUUAAUAUUUAGCCCACAU